AUGGAAGCAGCUAUCAUCUGGUUUGAUGAUUGGACGGAUCUAGGCCCUUUGUUUCACUUGGCGGAGGGAAGAGGGCCAGCAGUCUCAGGUCUGCACAAAGAAGCGACAGUGGCAGAGGCUUUAGUGAAUGGAGAGUGGUGGUUGAGUGCUUCUCGUAGUAGGAAUGCUAUAAUCACUUUGCUGAAGCAAUGUCUGCCAUCGCCAGUUCCGAUUGUGCUGUCAUCGUCGGAUGAUAAGUACCUAUGGAGAACGGGAAAUGAUUCCCUUUCAACUAUCUUCUCUACCGCCAAGACGUGGUCCUCUCCUCACCCUCCAUCUCCUCCGGUUAAUUGGCAUUUUCAAGUCUGGUUCAAAGGUAGAAUUCCCAAACAUGCGUUCAUUGCUUGGUUGGUAGCUUGGAACAGAUUAGUUACUCGAGACAGAAUGAGAGCUUGGGGUAUCGAGGUAUCUCCGAACUGUCUCCUCUGCUCAGGGUGUGAUGAGUCUAGGCAACGUUUGUUUUUUGACUGCGUCUACAGCUCUGAAAUCUGGGCGUACUUCUGCUCCCGUACCCGUUUCACACCCCCUAUCGUGUUUGAAGACUGUCUUAGGUGGCUUAAGAACUCUUCCACUGAUCCAAACAUCUUCCUCAUAGUAAAGCUCAUCUUUCAAGCUGUUGUUUAUAUGGUUUGGAAGGAAAGAAAUGCUCGACUACAUUCAAACGUGAGUAGACCUACGCACGCCAUCAUUCAGGAGAAAACAGACUGUUCGGUUGCGACUUGA